CUUCCGUCCACCUCACGUCGCCUUGCAUUGCGCACCAUGGCGACGAAGCGACCUCCCGACAACGACCCCAGCUUCACCACCAAGAUCCAGCGCAUCGAGCACGCUGCACCGCAGAGCCCUCAGCACCGCGCUGCUGCCGCUGCCGCCGCCGCCGCCGCCGCCAGCAACGACUUUUCCGGCUCCGUCAAGAAGAAGCUCGCCGACUCCAAGCGCACCGGCCAGGCCUGCGACCGCUGCAAGGUCCGCAAGAUCCGCUGCGACGGCCGCCCCGAAGGAUGCACCCCGUGCGAGCAGAACAGGACGCCAUGCCGCACCACCGACCGCAUCACCGGACGCGCCACGGUGCGCGGCCAUGCCGAGGCCAUGGAGUCCGAGAACUCCUAUCUGCGCACCCAGAUUGCAGACCUCCAGGCCCAAUUGAAGGAGCAUGGCAUCGACCCCCGCACCCCGCCUGCCUUUAACCCGCUGCACCAGCACCAGCACCAGCACCAGCACCAGCCGCAACCCCCACCGCAGUCGCAGUCGCAACAGCUAGCCACGCAUCCGUGGUCAUCGGCCUCGAGCGAUGCCCCGCCCUGGUCGGAUGGGCCGCCCCGCGCCAGCGCCUCCCCGUUGCCUGGCUAUGCCGCCGCCAGCACUACGUCCAAGGCCGAGUCGCUGCCCCAGUUCAAGCAUGGCUCAAUCGGCGACAACUACCUGGGCGUUGCCUCGGGAGACUCGCCGCUGAGCCACAUCAAAGGCACCUCGCUCUCCAUUUUCGGCAGCGACAUUGACAUCACCGACUUCAUGGCGGGCGAGACCGAGUACAAUCGAGAAGCCAUGUCCUACUCGACGCUGGUCAAAAUCGCCAUGGGCGGUCAGCACGUGGACCCGCCCCGCCUGCCGCCCUACAACGAACUCAAGGAGUAUGCCAUCUGGUACCUGCGGUCCAUGAAUCCCUACAGUAUGCUGGUCCACAAGCCCGUCUUUAUGCAAUUGAUUUGGAGAAUUGGAAAUGACCCCAACUUCACCCCAACUGCGCCUGAGCGUGCAGCAGUCCAUCUGAUGCUCGCCACCAUCACCUUCCAAGUCGCAAUCCGCAACAGUGACCCUAAUGGCAGCGAUAUGCUAGAUAACUCGCAUGCCCACUACCACUACGCCCUGACUUUCUACAAGGAGCUCAUUCUUGGCGCCCAUGGAUGGCGAGAUGUCCAAGCACUGGCAAUGAUGUGCCACCACCUGCGAAACUUUCCCAGACCCGGUGCUGCCUGGAUCAUGACAUCCACCGUCUAUCUCUUGGCCAUUCAGCUCGGCCUGCACAGGUCCGUCAAGGUCUGGAAAGACGGCACUGGCGACCUGACCAAGCUGGACAUCGAGAUGAGGAAACGAGUCUUCUGGACCUUGAAUGCUCUGCAGGUCAAUCUCAAUGGAAGGCUAGGACGCCCCAUGCCCAUUAGCACCGAGGACAUUGACGUCGAGUUCCCGGAACCCAUGAACGACUGUCUGCCUGGCGAAGAGGCCAAACUAGACUCGUUCCACCAAUGCUCGUUCCAGCCUGGCAUCCAGAUCGCAAAGUACACCAUCUUGGAAAUGGACCUGUGCAAAGCAGUUUAUUCUUUGCGCUACACGCCAAAAUCAUACGUCGAAAGCUUGAAGCGCCUCGGCAAUGCUAUUCGCCAGUGGAAAGAGGACUUGCCGUACGAGUUGCGUGAUCCAUCGCACGCGGCCGACGACGAUUACAUAUUUACUCUCUAUCUAGAGUACUGGUACCAGUCCUACAUUCUGCUAUUGCAUCAUCCUGGAGUCUGCCGAUCGACCGAUCCCGCCAUUAUAAACUCGAAUCUUGACAAGUGCGCACAUGCAGCCCAGAGGAUGUUGCAUAAUUGCACCGAAUUGGUGAGCAAGAAGAGCCUGGAUAUUCCUUGGAUCAACACCGUCAUCUACAUCGCUGCUGCUUUUACCACUCUAUACAUUGCGUCGACGCGCCAGGAUCAGAUGACACCCUCAGAUAUGACCAAGCUCAAAGCAGACAUGACAGCCUGGGUCAAUGUCCUUGGUGAAUGUGAUUAUUUCCUCGGCUUGGGAAACAGAUUAAAGGUUGCUAUUUCGACAAUUUUCGACCAGUCGCUCAACAACAUCAACGACAGCAUCGUCAAGCGAACGGCAACCGAGUCGCUUGCUCGUGUCGCCAUGCAGGCUCCGUCGCGUUCGGGGUCCAAUACCUCUGCAUACGAUCAAACUACAUAUCAAGAUCAGUACGCGACCCCAACAAGCGGGUCUACGGACCCCACACUCUCUUCGCAACCGGGCCCAUACACGAACCUUCCGGUGCAUACUACACAUACAUAUAACCUAGCCACUCAGGUGAACAUGUCCUCACAGCAAAAUAGAGGCUACGAACAGCAAUCCUACAACAGUGGAGAUGAAGCAAGCAUGAAUCCAAACCACGCAGCAGCACUCGCAGCAGCAGCAGCAGCAUCAUCAUCCAGCAUAUCCCAACCUUCCUCUGAUGCCUACGCCUACUCUCACGCCCACAUGGCCCCCAGCGCCCCUCAAUCUACGUAUACGACCAACAGCUACCCUGCUCAUGACUGGAACCAAUGGACAAGAGCGUACAUGCAACAACCACCCGAGCAAAGCCAGCCCGGUGAAUACCUCAAUACCGCAACGACGCUCAUGACGCUUGGUCGAGACGCAGGCUCCCAUGUCACGGGCAGCGACGGCCAGGGCCUUGUGCAAACAUCUGGCCUCCAGGGACAUCAUCAUUCCCCAGCACACUGGCCGCAAGUUUCUUUUCCAAAUCCGGCGAAUGGAUCGCAUUGAAUAGACAUAUAUCUUUCUUAAAGGCAAGGAUGUGUGGGACACUUGACAUGGGGGGAAAAGAUCUACUUGGCUGAUCACAUAUGGAUUUGUAUUUGUAACGGCCUAAACUUUUGUUGUUUUGCAUCAAUGACGUGCUUGGAUGGGGUUGGGGGUGGGUAGGUGUAAGGCGGGGAAGGCGUGAAACAUUUUGGUUUUUAGUUUUUGUUGUUGUUGUUGUUGUUGUCUAUGGCAUUUUCAACGCCUUUUGUUCCACCCCUUUUUUUUCUAGUCAUGGGUGUGGAAUCAACUGGCGUGUGGCGUGUGGCGUGUGGCGCAAAAGGCGAGGGGGGAAAGAGAAAAGAGAAAAGAAG